CCACUCGUCAGACAUGUAGUAGAUAUGUAUAUUUUUAAAUGUCACUCUCUCAUCUCUCUCCCUCUGCCCAUCUUGCUAAUGAAUUCUCUGUGGAGCAGUAAACAACGCUCACUGGGGAGAUGAAAGUGUAUGUGUGUGCUAGCAAGUUUGUGUGUGUGGUGAGGCGUAGCAGAAUUUAAAGACGCGUAUUCAGUUGUUUUCAGCCUGUUGCGUACGUCGGUUGUGCAUUUAAGUCGAGAAUUACGAUCAGUUGCGCUACGAAUUUGGCUGAAGCUCAAAUAACAAUAAAGUCAAACAUUUUAAAAUGAAAAUCGAGCUAACCGUCGAUCGUGGACCAUGCGACACAGAGCUGCGCAGCUGGUGUUUGGGCAUAGCCAUCUAUACGCUAGUUUCCAUAGCAUUAAAUACGCUAUUCGCGCCCAGUGCUCUGACUUUUAUUGGAUUCGCAAUUGCGGUCAUUACAAAUGUUUGCCUGCUCAUUGGCUGUCUACGGUAUAACCAUAUCUUGGUUGGCAUUUGGCUCAUCUAUGCCCUGCUGAUUGCCAUCAAUUUUCCGUUUGCCAUCUUUGGCACCAUUUUCCACUUUGGUGGCUAUCGCGAGGCGUCCGGCUUCAACAAUGUCAUCCUCGCGCUGCUCUUCUACAUUGUGGUGAUGCUUAUUUGCCUGUUCUGCGCCCGCAUCGUCUACUCGUAUCAUCUGCAGCUGAAGAACCGUCAGGGAAAUCCGCAGCAUACGGUCGUCGUUUGAAUCUCUCUUAACUCUUUGCAUUUCACGUUAAAUCUCUAUUCGUUUUUCAUUUAUUUUUUCUAUUCUAAUACUUUCUCGAAUUGCAUUAGCUAGCAGAUUCGUGUAAUUUAAGAGUUUACGGAGUGCCUUCAUUUUAUACAAGAAAAACAAAACGUAUUUAUAAAUAAACAAAUGAAUAUUGAA